GAAGACGCAUAUAAACGGUUGUGCGUGCAUUUUUUCUCGUGCUCAAGGCAGUUAUGAGUGGUAAUCAAUACGUCCUGAGCCUCGCCAAAAUAAGGUUAGAGGUAUAACUAUAAAGCACAAAGUUUAAUGAAUUCCUGCCAAACUUUUAAUCAUCAUUAUCAUUACUUUGCAAGUGACACUGAAAACAUGGGCAGUGCAUUGACGUGUGCUGGUGUCUUCCGUCAGGUUUACUAACAAGUGUCUCAAUGCACUUACACCAUUCCACAAGUGAAAAUCAUAUACUUUUUCUAAUUCUGUCCCCCAAAUUCAGCGUUCAUGUUGUGUUAAGCAGCACGUAACGUUGUGUGUCAUUAAGAGUAUACUAUCUGGAGAAUUUUAACUCCUUCCGUCAGACUAGCAUGGGUCACACGCGUGCAUCCGGCCUCACCUUUGUGCCGCGCCACCCACUCGCCCGACCGCUACAAUAAGUCUCAGGUCAAUUGAUAAGAAUAAAACAAUCUCCAAGAGGAACGCCCAUCGUUUGUCAUUUGAUAUGCCGCCAUAUUUGGCAGAAGUCCACAAAUGUACCAUGUGUGUCCGUGUGUGGACUUGUGAGCUCUACGACCGGAAAUAGGUGUUGCCCCUCCUCCGUGACCCUCACCACAAACUGUUGUUGUGUUUUGUGUACUUUCCAUGGCACCUGUACCGGAUCGGUCUGUAUAAAGAGUUCAACCCCUUCAGUUAAAGCACGCGGUUCCGAACAAGUCACAUCGCUGUUUGUGUUUUCCUCCAUGCGGACCACAUCGGACCAAAUCUUGCUUCUUGCGCUCUGUCUCAUGCCAGGAACAGCGUCACGGGCAGAACGUGAUGCUGAUGGUGACGAGUGCCCGGACAGGUUUACCGGCUACUGUCUGCGGGGGAUCUGUGAGUACAUAGCGGAGGCAGACGAAGCAUUGUGUUUAUGUCCAACAGACUACUGGGGGCCUCGGUGUAACCAUGCACUUGUGGAGCAACAAGUUGCCAAUGACUUGGUGGAUGUACCGGUGGCUGUAAUUGUCGGUGCCAUCUUCGUAUCCCUGUUGGUCCUAUUGCUAGUCAUCUUGCUUAUCAUCUGUAUACGAAGAUACAGAAGACGGAGACAGGCGAGGCAAAGACCACACAUACUGCUAAAUGGCACACAUUCAGUUGGGGUGAGGAGCCAGAUAUCAGAAAAGGUCAACCCACCUUUGCUGGUGGAAUACAUGACAACUGUAUAGCCAUACAAGGUGUUGAACAUCGUGACAGAAACUUUUGGAUAGAAAAUGAAUGGGAAAGGCUAUGAUUUGUGUGGUUAAACUACACAUGUCCAACAGCAUCAGGGUACAGGACUGUACUGUAGUCUAUUUUUUUAUUGAGCCUGGUGCUCUGUACCAAGUAUUAAAAUGUAUUUUGUUUGGUCUGGCCAUAAGGCCCCUCUGUAACAUUGCUUCUGUGUGCUGGAAGUUUGUACUAUUUAUUACACUUAUUAUUUAUUUUGUUUACUUAUCUUCUUGUUUUUCCUUUGUGAUUGGAGAAGAAAAAAAUGCCAAAAGAUUGUGGCAAAUUCUUUUUCUAUCUGGUACUCACAGCUGUUCAAAGCUAGCCUUUUGACACAUGUUGUGGCAGAAAACUUCAGUAUUGCCUAUAACAAACAUAUAGCCCAAAUGACAAAAUGUUCCCAACACAUGACAUUUAUGUUUCCAAAAUCUGAUUUUUAUGAUGUUGACAGGGUAAGCUCUGAAAUGCUCUGACUGGACGAGUACCAGUACUUCCCACUGGUGGUACAGUAUGAAUGGGACACAUUUUGAAUGAUAAUCCCUGCUUUUAAUGUGCAUAGUUCCUCAAUCUAAGGACAGAUACUCUUUAUUUAUUACUAUAAUUAUAAUCAUUAUUAAUAUCACAGCUUUUUUAGAUGUUUGCCAUAAUAUUACUCAUACCUUGUUGUCUGUUUGAUACCAUGUAUUGAAGUAUGUAAAACUAUGUUACCAGUAGAUACAAUGUAUACUGCAACCAAAAUCCAGGUCAUCAUCUGUCUAUUUUCUACUACCUGGUAUCAUGACAUUGUAAAGUCAGACGUAAGAACAUUGUUCGAAGUAAAAGUUCUAUGUUUUGUACAGUAUUAAUUAAAGUAGUUCAUUUUAUACUA